UUUCCCCGCUCUCGGUCUGGAAGUCCUUCAACCCCUGCAGCCCGAACCACCUCCGGAGCCUGCCUUCGCCGAGGCACAGAAGUGGAUCGAGCAAGUCACUGGUCGAAGUUUUGGUGACAAAGACUUCCGGACAGGACUAGAAAAUGGAAUCCUUCUUUGCGAGUUGCUGAAUGCUAUAAAGCCAGGACUUGUUAAAAAGAUCAAUAGAUUGCCUACCCCCAUUGCAGGAUUGGACAAUACCAUCUUAUUCUUGAGAGGCUGUAAAGAGCUUGGACUUAAGGAAUCUCAACUCUUCGACCCAAGUGACCUCCAGGAUACUUCCAACAGGGUCACUGCCAAGAACCUCGAUUAUAGCAGGAAGCUGAAAAACGUGUUAGUGACCAUUUACUGGCUGGGGAAAGCUGCAAACAGCUGCGCCUCCUACAGUGGAACCACACUGAACCUGAAGGAGUUUGAAGGGCUGUUGGCUCAGAUGCGAAAGGAGACUGACGACAUUGAGAGUCCUAAGCGCAGCAUCCGUGACAGUGGCUACAUCGACUGCUGGGACUCUGAACGCAGCGACUCCCUCUCUCCUCCUCGCCACGGCCGGGAUGACUCCUUUGACAGCCUGGAUUCUUUUGGCUCCCGCUCCAGGCAGACACCUUCACCAGAUGUAGUUCUCAGGGGAAGCAGUGAUGGAAGAGGAAGCGAUUCUGAAUCAGACUUGCCUCACCGGAAGUUGCCAGAUGUGAAGAAAGAUGAUAUGUCCGCACGACGGACUUCUCAUGGUGAGCCGAAAUCAGCAGUGCCUUUUAACCAGUACCUCCCGAACAAAAGCAACCAGACCGCCUAUGUCCCGGCGCCUCUGAGAAAGAAGAAGGCUGAGCGGGAGGAAUACAGGAAGAGCUGGAGCACGGCCACCUCCCCCCUGGGUGGGGAAAGGCCCUUCAGUUACCCUGAAACCAUAGAGGAGGAGGGAAGUGAAGCAGGGUCUCCCACUGAAGAUGACCCCAGCAGCCAGAUGGGCCCUGAUGGGAAGCCUGACUGUGGGUUAGAAGCUCCUCCCAGCAGUAGUGAGGAGCAGUCUCCUGAGGAUGUUGCUGCAGUGCCAGCAGCUAUUCCCGAAGACAGAGAUGCCGUGGAAAGCCAAAAGCGUAGAAGGCUGGAGCAAGCUGGGAUCAAGGUCAUGCCUGCAGCUCAGCGCUUUGCCAGUCAAAAGCAAUUGAGUGAAGAGAAAGAAGCUCUCCGUGAUAUAAUCCUUCGGAAAGAAAACCCUUUCCUGACCCACCAACAUGGCAAAGAUUCAGAGUCGGAAGACGAAGCUGCGUGCCUACUGCCUGACCUUGAGAAAGAUGACUUUGCUGCAAGGAGGGCAAGGAUGAACCAAAGCAAGCCAAUGGUGCCACUUAACCAACUGCUCUAUGGGCCUUACAGAAGAAAUGAUGCAGAGAGGGCGGGUGGCAGCAAACAGCUCGCAAAGGGGCCGUCAGGCAAGAAAAAUCUAGACUAUAAAAGAGACCAGGAACAGAGAGAUGUGAACACAGUAGUGACCUGUGUCCUGCAAACCCAGGAGGGUGAACCACUAGAAACGAAUUUCAGGAAAGCACCAGAUCUUCAGAAGGAUGACCUGGCUCAGAGAAGAAUCCAGGGCAGACUUACCUCUCACCGUGAGGCUCCAAGCUUCAUCAAACUCUCUAGGAUUACAGAAGCUGACCUGGAGACUUGGGAGAGAUUGAAAGUAUCAGGAGAGACAAGGGAUGGAGAUGCUCAGAACACCUGUGCUCCUGAGCCCUCACCGGAAAUCGACGCAGAAACCGCCAUCCGGGAUGACUUUGCCAGCCGUAAAGCAAGGUCCUAUAAGAAAGCAUCCGGCCCCAGACAAAAAUUUGUACACUUUGGGCCUGUGACAGAGAUAGACCAACAAACUUGGAAGCGGCUCAGCAUUGGCAAGGCGGGGCCUAGGAACAAUGUGGAGGUUCUCAGUCAUAGCAGCCAGAGCCGAACUUCCUCUGGGUCACCUCCCUCUACAGCUACUUUUGGCUUAAAGGAAGAACAAAUGCUUAGUCCACACAGUGACUGCAGGACAGUGCCUUCUGGCACAGAUGGCUGUCUCAAAAAGGCCCCAUGGCUGGCGCCAGUGCUGGAGUCUCAGGAAGAACAGGUCUGCCUUCAGAGCAACAACUCAAAGACAGAGGAAGCUACACCCACACAGCUGCCACAGGAUGGCAGAGAACAAACUGAAGAAGUUGUUCAAAAAGAGCCUGAGAUGCUGCCAAGGGUAAAAGAACCAGAGGAAUGCAGCGGACCCCAAGCAUGUCCUCUGGCCUCUGAGUGGGAACCCUUGGGAACAGAAGUGAAGUUGGAGAAGAAAACAGCUCCUUCCUGGAGUGGCUGUGGACUGAAAGGCCAGAAUAAGAUGGCUGAUUCAUGAAAAGAUAGUAUGAUGAUCAGGAGAACUGAGAUGCUCUCUAGACACCCAGAUCCAAAACACCCCAUUUCUUUUUACACAACAGUAGGGAACUAGGAAUCUGCCAAGGGUAUACCCAGGAAUGACCAGAGAUACGGUCCAAGAACUCCUGUGUCAGAUGACGCAGAGAGCACGAGUAUGUUUGACAUGCGGUGUGAGGAGGAGGCAGCGGUGCUGCCGCACAGCAGGGCCCGCCAAGAGCAGCUGCAGCUGAUAAAUAACCAGCUGAGGGAAGAGGACGACAAAUGGCAAGAUGACCUGGCUCGCUGGAAGAGCCGUAGAAGAAGUGCUUCUCAGGACUUAAUCAAGAAAGAGGAAGAAAGGAAAAAAAUGGAGAAGUUGAUGUCCGGAGAAGACGGGACAAGUGAACGGAGGAAAAGCAUCAAAACUUACAGAGAAAUUGUCCAAGAAAAAGAGCGGAGAGAGAGGGAGCUGCAUGAGGCAUACAAGAACGCAAGGUCGCAGGAGGAGGCCGAGGGGAUCCUCCAGCAGUACAUCGAGAGGUUCACCAUCAGUGAGGCUGUCCUCGAACGCUUGGAGAUGCCAAAAAUUCUGGAAAGAAGCCAUUCAACAGAGCCAAACGUAUCCUCCUUCCCGAACGACCCCAGCCCCAUGAAAUACCUGCGGCAGCAGUCACUGCCCCCGCCCAAGUUCACUGCCACGGUUGAGACCACCAUUGCUCGCACCAGUGUCCCAGAGAGCAACGCAGCAGCAGGCACUGGGUCUCCAAGCAAAACCAUCACUCCAAACGCAGUGCCUAUGCUGACACCCAGGCCUUACUCCCAGCCCAGAAACUCUCAAGAGGUUCUGAAGACUUUUAAGGUAGAUGGGAAAGUCAGCAUGAAUGGAGAAAUGGCCCAUGGAGAUGAGGAAGGAAAGGAAAAAGAAGGCCCUGCAGCGGCGGCCCCUGGCCCUUCCUUAACCAAGUCCCAGAUGUUUGAAGGCGUGGCCAUGGUGCAUGGCUCUCCCGUGCAAGUGAAACAGGGCAGCAACAGCAUCGAGAUCAACAUCAAGAAGCCAAAUUCUGCUCCCCAGGAACUGACAGCAGCCUCUGAGGAAACUGAAUCAAAUGGCCAGGAGGAUGAGGACGGUGAAGAGAGGUCAGGGGCGCCGGAUGUAGAGCCGGAAUCGGCAGAGCCACCGCAUUUUACGACAACCGUGACUCGGUGCAGCCCAACGGUGGCCUUGGUGGAGCUUUCGCCCAACCCGCAGCUGAAGAAUGAGGUGCCAGAAGAACAAGACCAGAAGAAGCCAGAAAACGAGAUGAGUGGGAAGGUGGAGUUAGUAUUGUCACAGAAGGUGGCAAAGCCAAAAUCCCCAGAGCCAGAAGCAACCUUGACGUAUCCAUUUCUCGACAAAAUGCCUGAAACCAACCAACUACAUUUGCCAAAUCCAAAUUCUCAAGCAGAUUCUCCAAGCAGUGAAAAGUCCCCUGUGAGCACACCCUUUAAGUUCUGGGCAUGGGACCCGGAAGAGGAGCGCAGGCGACAGGAGAAAUGGCAGCAGGAGCAGGAGCGUCUGCUUCAGGAGAGGUAUCAGAAGGAGCAAGACAAACUGAAGGAGGAGUGGGAAAAGGCCCAGAAGGAGGUAGAAGAAGAAGAACGCAGAUACUACGAGGAGGAGCGGAAGAUAAUUGAAGACACGGUGGUUCCAUUCACUAUCUCCUCGAGUUCUGCGGACCAGCUGUCUACGUCCUCGUCUGUAACUGAAGGCAGCGGGACAAGGAAUACGAUGGACUUGGAAAACUGUCAAGACAAAGAAAAAGAGAGAAGACAGAAGUCACCUUUCCAGGAGAAUGACAGUGACUCAUUGCUCAAAGCUAGAGAAGGUGAUCUGCCAGAGGAGCACAGCAGCCUAAUUCAAAGUCCCUCGGCUAACUCUGAAAACUCCGUGCCAAAAGGAAUCCAUCAAGACCAGCAGCCAGAGGCAGAGGCUGGGGCCCCACACUGUGGUACAAACCCACAGCUAGCUCAGGAUCCACCUUGGAAUCAACAGAUAUCAAACACACCAACACCCAUGUCGGAAGAUGUGAAGCCCAGAACCCUGGCCCUAGAGAAAAGCGUCAAUCAUCAGAUAGAGUCUCCGGGGGAAAGGCGGAAGAAAAGCCCUCGAGAGAACUUCCGGGCUGGGCCCCUGUCCCCCUGCUCUCCUACCCCUCCAGGCCAGUCUCCAAACAGGUCUAUAAGCGGGAAGAAGCUGUGCUCCUCCUGUGGACUCGCUUUGGGUAAAGGCGCGGCGAUGAUCAUCGAGACCCUGAAUCUGUACUUUCACAUUCAGUGUUUCAGGUGCGGCAUUUGUAAAGGACAGCUCGGAGACGCCGUGAGCGGGACAGACGUUAGGAUUCGCAACGGUCUCCUAAACUGUACCGACUGCUACAUGCGAUCCAGAAGUGCCGGCCAGCCUACAACACUGUGAUAUGGUUGGGGGCUUCCGGGUCUCUAAGCAUCUUCUACUAAGAGUGUCCCUUGGCAACUGCUUUAUUAAACCCCAAGUCCAGGGGCUUCUUGGCAUUCACCUAAUUUCUGGAAGACUCUCCUACAAGGUGGUAUCCGCUCUUUUGUAUUGUAGCACAGUGUUUGUGCUCCUGGUUGGGGGGAGGGGCUGAUGGUUUUUUUUUUCUGCAUUUGCACAGCAUAUACAGAAGAAUAAUGCAUUGUGCUGACCCUGAUUGGUUAACAAACGGUUUUAGCAUGGGCAGAGAGGCUUAGUUGAAAAGGUGUUACUCUGUUGUUUGGGAAUUAGCGAAAGGGUGCAAUAAACCUGCUGUGUUUUAGUGUUUCUAGAAAUUAAACACGUUAUGUUUACAGAAUUGAGCUGCAGGAAGUGCAAGACAUGCCAACAUAGGAGCGUAAAGUGAAUGCAUUUCUAGACACCCCAGCAAGUUCUGACUCUGAACUGUAACUUGGUUUUGUUUUUUUUUUAAUGCAAAGACACUAGUCUGAUAAUAUAUACUGUACUCCUGAAAACAUUUGUGUUACUUAUCUUUGGGGGCAGAAGUCCUACCAAUAAAUUAUCACACUGUUAGUAGUAGAUUUUGUGUACCCUGGAAGUCAUGUCAUUAAUAUAGGCUGGUCUCAUCAAAGGAAGAGAAUCCUUGCAAUGCCGCUAGACUUCUGUCCUGCAUCAUGGCAGAAGGGUAGAAAGAAACAGGAAGUAGAUCAGCCAUUGUCUUCAAACUCUUCGUGAAAUCUGUGGGGAAGAAUAAUGUACAAGGACAGUAUGUCAAUAGUAGCCUUCAGGCUGGGGCUGCUUGUUUUCUCCAAGCAUUGGGUUAGGGGUUGUCAGUGAGGGGCUUGGUAUGAGGAUGUGGGUUUAAGGCAUCAUUUUAGGAACGUGUUUGCCUGAAAGCUCUCCUUGAGGGCCUGAAGCCCAGGCAUCCAAAGAAAAGCAUUAAGUCAUCCUAACAGAACCCAGAUGGUAUACCGGGACAAGCCCGCAACCUGAUCUGUAAAUGGCAGCAAUGUGGCAGCCCCUGCCUGCUCCCACGGACCUGUGUGCACCUUCAUUCUCCUGAAUCACCUUCAUUAUUCUUGAGAAUUUCGCCGAGUUCAGACAGGGAUGCCUGCGGAAGCCUGGUUUAUUCUGUGCCCUGUGUGACAAGUUUCAGCUGGACAUGAGAGGAAUGCAGUGGCUAAACCAUCAUGACUUAGCUUCCAGGCCAGUUUCCUUAAGACUGGGGAAUGAAGAACUAUUUAUUCUGCCUUAAAGGGAUGGCAACAUGGUGGAGAUGACGCCAGGUGAAUGGGGACAAUGGGUACACUCCUAGUAGGCUAGUGCUGUAUAGAGAGAGCAGGUAGGUGUUUUUCUGUUAUGUAAGCAAUAACUUUUUCUGUGUCUUAUGGAAUAUGGCUAGCAAUUAUUUAUUUCCAUGCUAGACGGUUCUUUGCAUGUGGGUCCCUUAUAGGUGCAGACAUCUCGGCCAGUGGAGGUCCAUUGGCCACUUUGUCAUUUGGACGAGCUGUUACUGGAUUGAAAUUCACACAUCAUUUCAUUAAAAAUUGUGCCUUAGGAAAAAAAAUCGCAAAGCUGUUGCACAUGGUGAUGAACGACAGAUUCAGAACACCAGAGAGAGAGGAAGUCACUCCCUGGUUCCUGUGGCUUCUCUCAGAGGUGUUUGCUGCUUUACAAGGGAAAAAAAAAUGAAUAAAAGAUUUUAAAAGACAAAUAAAAAAAAGGAAAAAUUUAAAAAGAAAAAGUUUUGAAAAUGUACAGAUCAAGUCCAAUAUUUUGAUGAAGCACCUGCAUGUUUUAUUAACUAUUUUAAUAACGUGGAUGUUUACACUUUGCAUGAUACUAACAGAGUACUUUAUGAGAAACAAUGCACAGAAACAUGUACAAUACGGUCCUUCAUAAGCCACUUUUGUAGAAUACUUUUUACAUGUGCAAGGCCAUCCAUUCUGUCAGGAGCACAUGAGUAUUGCACAUUCCUCUGGUUUCACAAAGCUGUCUAUACAUAUUUCUUAGUGAGACUCAUUGUGUGUAUACCGAAGCAAGACUGGAGGAGUCGAGAGGAAUAAAGCCCCAUUCCCCAAGUGUAGAACGUGCUUUCCCAUAAUGAACACUAGUCACCAGCCUGGAAUAAUCUCCAACAUCUUCUAAAUUCUAAUUGCCAACCGUUUGUAUUUCUAUUUGAUUUAUAUUUCAUUUAGAGCCAGUUACAUGGCAACUUCAGCAGACUAGAUCGUGUCAUUUUCCAAUGCAGCAUAAAAGACUAUGAUCUAUCUCUCUUCAAAUAAUCUUUGAGAUCCCAGGGAAAAAAAAUGCUCUGUUGUGUGGAGCUAUAAUGUAAAUGUGUUUGUUUAAAAAGCAGACGAGGCAAGUGAGUGAUUUAUUGGUCCUACGGGGACUGUAGCUGAUUCCCCCCUCUCAGACUCCAAAUGCUUCUUUCCCAAGGUCAGAAAUGGGUGACUCUGUUUCUCACUAGCAAACUUUCAUGACAUUUGUCCCUCUUUCUGUGUAGCCUCAUUAACACAAUACAUAUUUCUAGUUACCAGGACAUGAUGUAAGAUUCGGUGAGCUGAAAUGAUCCACCUUUGGAUGUGAGUCCAUCCAAAAAGAUGUCCCUGUUCUGGGUGGGUGACAUUCUGUAUUGGUUACACUAACUUUCAUUUACAAUAUUUAUUCUAAAAUGCCUCUGAGAAAUAGUUUAAAAAAAUUAAAAAAUGAAAAGUUGUCUAAGACGCAACAGCUUUUAUAGUAAAUGUACAUUUAUAAAUAAAACCCAAAUCGACUUGG